AUGUCAAACUCAACGAAGAGAAAAAGCCCGCCAAACGCGGGCACCAGUGCCAAGAGAAAAAAGGCGGGCAACCAUGGAAAGUGGACAACGUCGCACCAAAAGGUCAAGAGCCUCAACGUCGAGCGUGGCUCUGUCGAGCCUGGCGAUGUCGGCAUCUGGGUGACCUGUGCGCGCAACAUGGAAAGCCGGGCAGCCCGUGAAAUGAUAGAUUUGUUUGACAAGCAGUAUGCCAAAAAUAUGUAUGGUAUUCCAAUCCCGGGUGAAGAAGGUGCCGAGACUGGUACAGUUUCAGGGGAGGAUGUUUCCAAUGGCAGCAACGAGGCAAAAUCCGGUGGCGGUGACGAAAUCGAAGACCUUGUUCAGAGGGAGAUCGCUUCGUUGAGGACUCCGUCCAAGAACAAAAGUCACUACUUUACUCAGAUUCGCCUCAAUGUCGAAUGCCUUUUAUUCUCGAAAACGGUACCACCCAUUGACCCGGUUGCCAUGGCCCACCAGAUCAGCGUCGACGUGAAGCGGGACGCAGAAAUAGCCGCGGUGGCCAUGGACGAGGCAAUUGAGAAGGGGACAGCUGUGCCAAUGACGCGCUCGUUCCGUUAUCUGAACCGGUUAACGCCAAUCACAGCCAGCGGACGGGCCACCGAGAAAGGCGUCCGGCAUGUUGCACUUGAGGUUCUGUCGCCAUGGUUUAAGCUGUCACUACAACCAGCAAAUUGCCUGGGCGAGAAAGACAAUGACGACAGCACUUCUCCCAUCUAUACGGCCCUCAAGAAAAUGCAAGGCACGGCCGAGAACAAGCCCGAUUACACACUCAAGAAUAAAGAGCCGCAGGACCUGGCCAAGGUGACUGGGACGAUUACCACGACCGGGGAGGGUGGGGAUACAGUGACUAUUGGUCCGACAGAGGGCGAGAAAUGA